GAGAGGGCCCAGUGGUUUCGGUCGGGACUGACGCAGGAAGAAGGAUUGAAGGAAGAGGGUUGUGAUUCUGGGUGUGCAGUGUGCAGUGUGCAGUGUGCAGUGUGCGCUGUAGCGAGCUAGUUUGAUUCAUGUCUGUGUCUCAGGUUGGAUACUUGGUUCCGCUGAAUCAAAAUUUAGAGGAAGAAGCUUCAGUUCCCAAGUUAUCUAUCUCAGAUGGCACAAAUGUUAUUGGGCGGAACAACAUUCGUGUCUCCGACAAGAGGCUUAGCCGCAAACACCUCACUUUAACUCCUUCUCCCAAUGGCUCCGUUAAUUUGCUCGUCGAGGGGACAAACCCUAUCGUCGUUAAUUCCGGGAAUAAGAGAAGGAAGCUGAACCCUAAAGAAGAAGCUACCAUUUGUAAUGGUGAUAUAAUCGAGCUCAUUCCCGGUCACCAUCUUUUUAAAUAUAAGCUCUUCAACGAAGCUCAAUCAUCAUUCAAAAAUAAAGCUUCAGCCAGGACUUCUAAGGAUAAGGUUGAAACAUGCAGCCAGAAACAAGAACGGAAGUAUGUGCAUUCUCAGUCGAGUGAAGACAAUAGUGUGGAGGCUAUUCGUAAUUUCCGUCUCACUAAUGACCAAGUACCUACCACAUUUCGGCUUUUGCGCGUGCAAGGGUUACCAUCUUGGGCAAAUACUUCUUCUGUUUCUAUAGCGGAUGUUAUCCAGGGGGAUAUUCUAGUUGCUAUUCUUUCAAACUACAUGGUAGACAUUGACUGGUUGGUUCCUGCAUGUCCUGCACUUUCAAAAGUGCCUCAUGUGCUAGUUCUUCAUGGAGAAAGUGAUGGGAGGGUGGAUUACAUUAAGAGAAGCAAACCAGCAAACUGGAUUCUGCACAAACCACCACUGCCAAUUUCAUUUGGGACACACCACUCAAAGGCCAUGCUGCUUAUAUAUCCUCAAGGGGUGAGAGUCAUUGUUCAUACAGCAAACUUAAUUUAUGUAGAUUGGAACAAUAAAAGCCAAGGUUUGUGGAUGCAAGAUUUUCCAUGGAAAGAUCAAAAUAGUCUGAGCAAGGGAUCUGGAUUUGAAAAUGACCUGGUUGAAUAUCUCAGUAUGUUGAAGUGGCCAGAAUUCUCUGUUAAACUUCCAUCCCUUGGAAACGUCAGUGUAUGUCCAUCUUUCUUCAGGAAGUUUGAUUAUAGUGAGGCAAGGGUUAGAUUAAUUGCAUCUGUACCUGGAUAUCACUCUGGUGCUAGUUUAAAAAAGUGGGGACAUAUGAAACUACGUUCUCUGCUCCAGGAGUGUACUUUUGAUGAAGAAUUUAAGAAAUCUCCACUUGUUUAUCAGUUCUCCUCCCUUGGCUCUUUAGAUGAAAAAUGGAUGGCUGAGCUAGCAUCAUCAAUGUCAGCAGGUCUCUCUGAAGACAAAACACCCCUUGGUAUGGGGGAGCCUCUAAUCAUAUGGCCUACUGUUGAAGAUGUCAGAUGCUCUUUAGAGGGCUAUGCAGCUGGAAGUGCAAUUCCAAGUCCUCUGAAGAAUGUGGAGAAAGCAUUUUUGAAAAAGUACUGGGCAAAAUGGAAAGCAGACCAUACAGGUCGCUGCCGUGCUAUGCCACAUAUAAAGACUUUUGCUCGUUAUAAUAAUCAGAAUCUUGCUUGGUUCUUGUUAACUUCGUCAAAUCUUAGCAAAGCUGCCUGGGGAGCUCUCCAGAAGAAUAAUACUCAGUUGAUGAUUCGUUCAUAUGAGCUGGGGGUGCUAUUUCUACCAUCAUCAUUCAAACGACAUGGAUCUGUAUUUUCCUGUACCAGUAAUGUUGCACAGUCUGAGGAUAAAAUCCCAGCCAGAGAAACAUCUGAAAUGAAGAAAACAAAACUGGUAACCCUAACUGGGCUAAGGGGAAGAAUGCAUUCAUCAUCUGAAGUUAUUAUCCAAUUACCUUUGCCUUACGAGCUCCCUCCAAUGCCUUAUUCUUCCCAAGAUACCCCCUGGUCUUGGGACCGGCAAUAUAACAAGAAAGAUGUAUAUGGUAAUGUUUGGCCGCGGAUGUAAGCGCAUCAAGAUUAUUGACAUUCUUACUGUACAUAUCAAUUGGACUCCUCUCCUUUGUGAAUAAUGGCACCAUUCUUAUUGCAACCGAGUUUUCUUCAUGAAUAUUUAAGUCUUACAUGAGGCGAAGGUGUCUCAUUUUUAUUCCUUGUCAGAAAUCAUGGUAAACUUUUGAUUUGGAGUAAAAUGCACCAAAAAUUGAAAUGUUACUUCUUUUGAUUCUAGAGGAUUUCGUUUGUUUCA